AUGGGCUCCGUCUCAGUACCCCAGACCGUCAAGCAGUGGAACGUCGUUUCUCACAACGGCUUCGAUGGCCUCAAGUUCUCCGAGCAGCCUCUACCCGAGCUUGGUGACGGCCAGGUUCUGGUGAAGAUCGAGGGCGCAUCUCUCAACUACCGUGAUCUCAUCAUUGCCAGGGGCGAAUACCCCUUUCCCAUGGCCCCCAACGUCGUCCCCGGAUCUGAUGGCGCCGGAACCGUCGUCGCCGUCGGCAAGCACGUCACCCGCUUCAAGCCCGGCGACAAGGUCAUCACGCUCUUCAACCAGGGCCACCUGGGCGGAAAGCUCAACGCCCAGACCGUCGCGACGGGCACCGGCGGCGUGCUCGAUGGCACGUUCCGCACCUACGGCGCCUUCAACGAGGAGGCCCUGGUGCGCAGCCCGGCCCACCUGAACGCCGUCGAGGCCUCGACCCUCACCUGCGCCGGCCUGACGGCCUGGAACGCCCUCUUCGGCUCCGCCGACCACGUCGUCCGCGCCGGCCACUGGGUGCUCGUCCAGGGCACCGGCGGCGUCAGCAUCUUUGCGCUGCAGUUCGCAAAGGCCGUCGGCGCAAAGGUCAUUGCCACCACGGGCUCCCCGGACAAGGUGCCGCUACUCAAGAAGCUCGGCGCGGACCACGUCCUCAACUACAAGGAAAACCCCAACUGGGGCAAGACGGCCAAGGAGCUGACGGGCGGCCGCGGCGUGGACCACGUGGUGCAGGUCGCCGGCGGCAAGGAGAUGGAGCAGAGCAUCGCGGCGGUCAAGAUGGACGGCAUCAUCGACAUCAUCGGCUUCGUGGGCGGGUCGGCGGACAAGGAGCCCACCUUCCUGCAGUGCCUGAGCAACCUGUUCACGGCGAGGGGCAUCCUCGUGGGCAGCAGGACGCAGAUGGAGGAGAUGAUUGAGGCGAUUGAGGCGCACCCCGAGGCGCUGCGGCCGGUGGUGGACGACAAGGUGUUUAAGCUGGAGGAGCUGAAGGAGGCGUACGAGUACCAGUGGUCGGGCAAGCACUUUUCCAAGGUUGGCGUCAAGAUUGAGUAA